AUGGCUUCUGCGGAUAUAUUCUCGUCGUUGAGGAGGAGGCGAUCGCCGUCUCUGGACGCGUUUCUGGCUCCGGUGGAGGUCAGCAACGGCGCAAAUUUGGGGAUUUUGCGCGCGAUUGCCGCGGAGCUGCUGGUUUCGUUUGAUAAAAAGGCGAUCUUUUUUCAGGUAAAAAAUAGCAGGAAUUUAGUUCGGAAAAUUCAGGUGAUUUCAGUGUUGUUGGAUGCUUUCCACGAGGUGGGAGUCUCAGCAUCUGCUUCUACAUUGUUUAUGUGCUUGAAAGAGUUGUACCUCCUACUUUACAGGUGUAAAAUCUUGAUUGAUUAUGUAAAAGAGUCGAGCAAACUGUGGCUGUUGCUUCAAAAUCAUUUCAUUUCUGGCAAUUUCCAUGAUUUGAAUCAGGAAAUCUCCACCCUUUUGGAUGUGUUCCCUUUGUGUGAGAUCAAUUUAUCUGAAGAUGUUAAGGAGCAUUUUGAAUUGCUGUGUAGGCAGUCGAAAAAGUCGAUAUUCUUCAUCGAUAAAAACGAUGAUUUGUUGAGGUUAAAGCUAUUUUAUUUCUUGAAUGAAUUUGAGAAUGGAAGGGUUCCUGAGAGAGCUGCACUGUAUUCAUUCUUUGUAGAGAAAUUGAGAAUUUGCGAUGUGGAAAGUUGUAGAAAUGAGAUUGAGUUCUUGGAGGAGCAGAUGGCGAAUCAUGAUGUUGAUAUUGAGCCUACAGCCUCUGUUUUGAAUGGAUUUGUUGCUCUAAUUAGGUAUUGUAGGUUCUUGCUGUUUAGAUUUGAGGAGGAGGGCGAGUUAGGAGAUAACAGUAAGAAGAUUGCAGAUAAGUUUAUCGCGAUCCCUAAGGAUUUCUGCUGCCCGGUGUCCUUGGAUUUGAUGAGGGAUCCGGUGAUCGUGUCCACAGGACAAACAUAUGAGCGUUCCUCCAUUGCAAGAUGGAUGCAGGAAGGGCACUUCACGUGCCCAAAGACGGGACAGAUGCUUGUUCACACGAAGCUUGUGGCUAACCGGGCUCUGAGGAACUUGAUCAUGCAAUGGUGUAUGGCGAAUGACAUACCAUGUGAUUUACCAGAGAACUCAGAUUACCCCUCUGAGUGUGCCCUAGCUGCAUCCAUGAGUAGGGCUGCAGUUGAGGCGACUAAAGUGACUGCUCAUCUGCUUGUCGAGGAACUGGCUAAUGGGACGCCAAGAGCCAAGGCUAUUGCCUCUAUGGAGAUUAGGUUUCUGGCGAAGGCUGGGAAGGAGAAUCGAGCUUGCAUUGCUGAGCUUGGUGCCAUUCCUCUUUUAAAGAGGCUGCUUUCGUCUGAGGACAAGUUGGCGCAGGAGAACUCGGUCACGGCUUUGUUGAAUUUGUCAAUUUUUGAUAGAAAUAAAUGCUUGAUCAUGGAGGUGGAAGGGUGUUUGGCAGCCAUUGUUGAGGUUUUGAGAUAUGGGCACACGGUGGAGGCGAGGGAGAAUGCUGCGGCCACUCUGUUCAGCCUCUCGGCUGUCCACGACUACAAGAAGGCAAUAGCUCAGCAAGAAUGGGCAAUCGAAGCCCUAGCCGGGCUCUUGAGAGAGGGAACAGAAAGAGGGAAAAAGGAUGCCGUAACAGCUCUGUUCAAUCUAUCAACACACAACGAGAACUGCUCGAGGAUGAUAGAUUCUGGUGCAGUGGCAGCCCUAGUUGAGGCACUGGUAUCCGAGGUUGUAUCUGAGGAAGCAGCGGGUGCACUGGCUCUCAUAGUUCGCCAGCCGUUAGGGGCUGCGGCAGUGGCAUCCGAGGAAAGAGCAGUGGCGGGACUGAUAGGAAUGAUGAGAUGGGGCACGCCGAGGGGGAAGGAGAAUGUCGUGGCUGCGUUGCUCGAGCUCUGUAGGAGUGGUGGAGCGGCUACCAUGGAGAGGGUUCUAAAGGCUCCGGCUCUGGCCGGAUUGCUGCAGACGCUGCUGUCUACAGGGACCAAACGUGCUCGGAGAAAAGCUGCGUCGCUAGCUAGGGUGUUCCAGAGGUCGGAAAACGCGCGCCUGCAUCUCGGGGGGUUAGGAGUCGGAUACGCCCUUGAUGGGAACUCGGCUGUGGCAAGAGAUGCAACAAGCUUUGCUGGUGAUGUUUCGAUGCCUAUGCCCAUUUCUGUUCCCGUGUUAUAGCAUUCUCAUCGCCUGUGAAUUUGUAAUACUCAUCAUUUUUUUGAUUCAGAUAUGAAUUAUGAAUAAACUGAGAAGUUGAAUAGUUAUUGGUUCCA